AUGCAUCAGCUGCUGCUCUGGGCUUUAUCUGCUCUGACUCCUCUGAGGCUGACCCCGCCCCCUCUAAUGCUGAGCCCGCCCCCUCUGAGGCUGACCCCGCCCCCUCUAAUGCUGAGCCCGCCCCCUCUGAGGAUGACCCCGCCCCCUCUAAUGCUGAGCCCGCCCCCUCUAAUGCUGAGCCCGCCGCCUCUGAGAAUGACCCCGCCCCCUCUGAGGCUGGCCCCGCCUCCUCCUCGAAGCAGCAGCCUGGUCUUCCUCAGCCUGGUCUUCCUCAGCCUGGUCUUCCUCAGCCUGGUCUUCCUCAGCCUGGUCUCCCUCAGCCUGGUCUUCCUCAGCCUGGUCUUCCUCAGCUUGGUCUUCCUCAGCCUGGUCUCCCUCAGCCUGGUCUACUUCAGGCUGGUCUACAUCAGCCUGGUCUUCCUCAGCCUGGUCUUCCUCAGCCUGGUCUUCCUCAGCCUGGUCUUCCUCAGCUUGGUCUUCCUCAGCCUGGUCUACUUCAGCCUGGUCUACUUCAGCCUGGUCUUCCUCACCCUGGUCUUCCUCAGCCUGGUCUCCCUCAGCCUGGUCUUCCUCAGCCUGGUCUCCCUCAGCCUGGUUUUCCUCAGCCUGGUCUUCCUCAGCCUGGUCUUCCUCAGCCUGGUCUCCUCAGCCUGGUCUCCUCAGCCUGGUCUACCUCAGCCUGGUCUUCCUCAGCCUGGUCCACUUCAGCCUGGUCUUCCUCAGCCUGGUCUUCCUCAGCCUGGUCUCCCUCAACCUGGUCUUCCUCAGCCUGGUCUUCCUCAGCUUGGUCUUCCUCAGCCUGGUCUUCCUUAG